AUGGAGUACUUGUUUCUAUUCUCAUUAGUUUGUAUGAAUAUGUUAAGCAUUGACUGUUUACGAUGUUGGAAAUGUAUAGGCGAAUGGUGUUCAGAGAAUCCUUAUGAUGAUUAUAGAGUGGACAAGGUAACUUGUCCUGUAGAUGCAUCUUGUAUGAAAGUGUAUUAUAAAAUGUACGACAAUUCGUCCCAGUUGAUAGAAAGUGUAACGAGAGGAUGCUCAGUGGGACAGUGUAUACCUACUUCCGGUGAGAGUUAUCGAAUCUGUCUGUCUAAUAUCAGAAUAUACGGCAUAGAUGGCUGUCCUUUAAAAUCCUGCUGUGACAAUCAUGAUCUGUGUAAUGCUGGUUCAAACUCACAUGAUCAAUCCUUACUUAGCUUGAUAAUUCCGUCGUUAUAUAUGGCUUGGAAAUUGUUUGAAAAUCCAUAG